UGCGCAGCUCCUCGGAACCCCGCGCAGGCCCGCCUGUUUCCCAGCGUCCUAAGCGCUUCCUUCCCGCCACGACGACGCUGAAGCGGUUUGGUGCUUCCUUUCGUGGUAGCUUUCAUUCGUUUGGGGCUGCUGGUUUUUGCGUCCAUCCUCCCACUAUGCAGCGUGAGCCUGCCAAGAAGAAGCCGGAGAAGAAGGCUGAGAAGCGGCUGUUUGACGCCGCAUCCUUCGGAAGGGACCUGCUGGCCGGCGGGGUCGCGGCGGCUGUGUCCAAGACGGCAGUGGCGCCCAUCGAGCGGGUGAAGCUCCUCCUGCAGGUGCAGGCGUCGUCCAAGCAGAUCAGCCCCGAGACGCGCUACAAGGGCAUGGUGGACUGCCUGGUGCGGAUUCCCCGCGAGCAGGGUUUCUUUAGUUAUUGGCGAGGCAAUUUGGCAAAUGUUAUCCGGUACUUUCCAACACAAGCUCUAAAUUUUGCUUUUAAAGACAAAUACAAACAACUUUUCAUGUCUGGAGUUAAUAAAGAAAAACAGUUCUGGAGGUGGUUUUUGGCAAACCUGGCUUCUGGUGGAGCUGCCGGAGCAACAUCUUUGUGUGUGGUUUAUCCUCUAGAUUUUGCCCGAACUCGGUUAGGUGUUGACAUUGGAAAAGGUCCUGAAGAGCGACAAUUCAAGGGUCUAGGUGACUGCAUUAUGAAAAUAGCAAAAUCAGAUGGCAUAGUUGGUUUAUACCAAGGGUUUGGUGUUUCAGUUCAGGGAAUCAUUGUGUACCGAGCCUCUUACUUUGGAGCUUAUGACACAGUUAAGGGCUUAUUACCAAAACCAAAAGAAACUCCAUUUCUUAUCUCCUUUUUCAUUGCUCAAGUUGUGACUACAUGCUCUGGAAUACUCUCUUACCCCUUUGAUACAGUGAGAAGACGCAUGAUGAUGCAGAGUGGUGAAGCUGAACGGCAGUAUAAAGGAACCUUAGACUGCUUUGUGAAGAUAUACCAACAUGAGGGAAUCAAUGCAUUUUUUCGUGGUGCCUUCUCCAAUAUCCUUCGUGGUACAGGGGGUGCUUUGGUGUUGGUGUUAUAUGAUAAAAUUAAAGAAUUCCUUAAAAUUGAUAUUGGAGGUGGUUCAUCAGAUUAAAUUGAGAAAUAUGUGUACUUAAUUGUUAAACAUACAAAUUACAUACCUGCCAUGUAUAUGUAUACAUUUGGGUAGUAUUAAUAUCAUUAUUUUCUUAAAGCGCUAUUUCCACAAUAAAUCCUAGGCAUUUUUCAAAGAUUUAAAUACUAAAAAUCAGACAAAUGUGGAUUUCCCUCCCACUUAGACCCAAACUCAUUUUAAUGAGACACUUACUAUAAGUAUUGUAUGUUAUUUCUAUUAGUUUAAAAUUCUUUCUUACUUUUGUGAUGAAAAAUUAAAAUGUAUAAUGCUGAAAACUAAGAAGUAAAACUAUCUUCUUUUAAAUUACUAUUCAUUUAAUAUACCUAUUUUCAAAUCUUUUAUAAUCAUAUGAUAUGACAAAUAUUUCUUAAAAGCUUAUCAAGAGGUGUCAAUUAUAUAUAUAGGAAUAAAUGUUUUUUCUACAACAUCUCUAAUACAGUUCAGUUAUUACUGUAUAUGAUAUUAUAGUAUCAUACAGCUUUUGAUAAGCACAGAUUAGAUUUAGUCAUUAAAAAUUUGAUAAUGACACUAUAAAGCUGCAGUUGGAAUAUAAAAGAUAUAAAAAGGUUUAUAUGCUAAUCUAAACUUUUUCUACUGUGAGUGUGUCUUGGAACAAAAAAUGUCUUGGAAGUUGGUUUAUGUAUUCUGUAUUGAUAAUAAAGGAAGUUUAAAACUGUUAUUCAUGGGCCUUCUUCCCAACUACCUUUAUUUACUUACUUAUUUAUUUAUUUUAAGAUUUUAUUU